UAUCAGCCAAUCAUGCCCGUCAUCCCAGAAUGCGUUUCAACUCAAACUGCACGCGGCAUGUAUAUUCGCUGGCUGAAGUUAGUAACAUUUUAAACUACGCUGACAUAUUAAUAACUGAAGACUAAAGACUGUGAUGAACUCAAGCAAAUCCUCAGUUCUUAAAGAUGUUGUUGCCUAUGUCGAUGUGUGGUCUUCGGAUAAAAGAGCAAACUAUUCAAAACCUUUCAUCCAGCAGCUGGAGGAAAUGGGUGCUCAGGUAUCAAAAGGAUUUAAUAAACAAGUCACACAUGUUGUAUUCAGCAACGGACAUCAAGCUACAUGGAGGAAAGCUAAGAAACGGAACGUCCAGCUUGUGUCUGUUCUUUGGGUUGGCAGGUGUUACGAUGAUGGUUUACAUGCGGAUGAAAGUUUAUUUCCAGCUUUAAAUGAUGAAAAAAACCCUGUGAUGAAAAACAGACAGCAUCGCUGCAUGCUGCCAAAACAUUCUCCUGAAAGGACUAUUGAGAAUGAUUGGCGUUUGAAGAAGAAAUUUGAAAAAAUGGUGAAAGAACUGCCUUCGUUAGAACCUCGGGUUGUGGAUACGUCACCAAUCAUUAUCGAUCAAGAAAAUGGAAUAAUUUACAGCCCUGCUUUAAAAAGAUCUGAUUACAUGGCACGGCGCUUGAAAGAUAUGAAAGAAAAACGGGAAAACAUUUCACCCACAGCGUCACAAGACCCUGAUUCCUGCUCACCUACCGGUUUGAAGCCUUCUCUUGGAAGCACACCAACUUUCCUCAAAUUCAUCUCAGAUGACGAGUCUGAUGAGGCUUUAGUUGCUGAACCUGGUGGUUCCCCUGCUGUGGAAGAAGAAAGGUCAUCUGAUGAUGAAGACCACAAUCUAAGUGGACGAGACUCUACGAAGCCUUGGCUCUCACCUUGCCAAGACGUGCCAGCACAGAUUUCAAGGCCGCCUGCAGUUCCUAUCCUUCACAACGAAGAAGUUAAAAAAGUGAAAAAACAAAGAAAGGCCAGAAGAAUAUCAGUAAGAAAAAAAUCAUCAGAGACCAUUAAAUCUGGUGAUUUUUCACAGAGUCCUGUCCAGGAUAUUCCUGGUAAGAGCCAAAUACUCCACAAAGAAAGACGGCAGUCACAUGUAAAACCAACUAGAGUGUUACCCAAGGAGUCUGAAAAUAACAAGUUAAAAAUACCAGUGGAAAAGCCAAGUACAGACACUGAAUCCCAAGUUUCGCCCAAGUCUUUAAAUUGCCGUUCAUCAUCAGCAACAGUAGUUAGCGCUGCAACUGAAAUGUCUAAAACUUCCCUGGCAAAGAAAACUGAAUGUAGAACACCCAAAAAAGCCAGAUUGUCAUUUUCUGCCUUGGUUCGAUCUUUCACUGUGCCCAGCGAAUGUAAAAGUGUUGCCUCUAGUUCCACGGAUGGAGGUAAUGAUGUGUUCGAGGACUACUUCUCUCCCUCUAAUCACAAAAGACCUGUUUUGCCCAGUUUACCCAUAGAGAGAAAAAUUGAAAUACCCUUUGAGUUGGACCCUCUUCCAAAGAGGCAAAAACCAAGGAAAAGUGCAAUCUGUGGAUCUGAAAAGAAAAAAAGGAAACUGAAAGAAAGUCAUUGUGACAAAUAUCUCAAUCGUGAAUCUAGAAGAAACAGUGGGUCUGUUCAAGGAGACCUUGAAAUCCCCCUCCUAGGACCUAAGAGUCCUGCUGUUGAUGUGAAGCAAGUGACUCAAAGACGAAACUCUCUGGAGUUUUCCAUCAACAGUAAAACUACAGAAGAUGCUGAAAAACUGAGACCAGCGUCAACAUCAGGAAACCCGCCCUUAGAAAAAGAGGAUGUCACAGAAUCAGAGCAGCAGAAAAACUUUGAUUUCACUGCAAAUUGUCAUAGCUCCGAAAGUGGAGGAAAUGAAUGCACCGUCGCAGCUGGUUUCACAGAGAUCGCCUCCGUCGCGGAAGAAAAUCAAAAUAAGCAAGCCGACGGGAGCCUUCAGAAGAUGGUUAACACAACAAAGGCUCCGAGGACACUUGUCAUGACCAGUAUGCCCACUGAGAAGCAGCAGACCGUGCUGCAGGUGGUAAAAGCUCUGGGUGGUUUUUCAAUCAUCGACCGAGUAUGUGAGAGCACAACUCAUGUGGUGUCUGGUGAACACAGACGGACUCUGAACAUCCUGUUGGGUAUCGCACGUGGCUGCUGGAUCCUGUCUUUUGAAUGGAUUCUGUGGUGCUUGGAGCAAAGGCAGUGGAUUCCAGAGGAGCCAUAUGAGCUUUCAGACCAGUUUCCUGCUGCACAGAUCUGUCGUCUCCAGAGGCACCUUUCUGCAGGAGAGCACCAGCAGGACCUCUUCCAAGACCAGCCACCCAUGUUUGUGUCUCAGCGCUCCCAGCCACCCACUCAGAGCCUGGUGGAGCUGAUCGAGCUGUGUGGAGGCACAGCCUGCAAAACGGUUCGGCAGGCAGGUAUCUGCAUAGGGAAGUACAGUGGCAGGAGGCCAGAGGGAAGCAGGAUCCUGUCAGAGCAGUGGGUUCUGGAUAGCAUAACCAGUCUGAAGAUCCUACCUUAUGACAACUAUGACUUGGAAUAAUGGCGACUAAUUGUUUGGGGUUUUGUUCAGUAUUAUUAAUUCUUCUGAGCGCCUGCUGUGACUGAUCACACAACAGGCGCCAGCAAAUCCCUGCUGUUCUUCUCUUUUCUCUGUUACUUUCAUGGUUUCUAAAUGUCUUCAUAUACAGUACAGACCAAAAGUUUGGACACACCUUCUAAUUGAGUUCAAUUAGAAGGUGUGUCCAAACUUUUGGUCUGUACUGUAGUUCAUAUAAAUCCAAUCAAAUAUAUUGCUUUUCAAAAGCUUUAAGGUUUGCUAUGGAAAACGUUUACUACUCAGCACCAGCAUCAGUUCUGCUCUUGUUUAUGUUACUGUGAAGCCUGACAAACUGCCUUUGCAACUGUAUGUUGGUCCCUUGCCAUUUACAUGUGUUUACAUUAAGUAGAAACCACUACAGGCCUUUUGGAUAUUAGAUAAUGUGACUUUUGAAAGACUUUCUUAGCCAGUUCCUAAGAAAAUUCUUUAUCCUGAUAAAAUGUGUUGUGAUGUUAUUUUUAAUAAAUCCAUUUUUAAAUGUG